CCCCUCACACAUUUUCUUAAAACUUCGGAUUUGCCCCUCAACUUCCCAGCUUCUCCGAGAAGCUUACGAAGCGGUCUCUGAAACUUUCUAAUUCGCCCAAGCUUUUGGCCUUUCCCCCGCAAUUCGCUACCCCUAUAUCGUUUUCUUCAAGUUUGUGUUCUCGAUUGAAGUCUCUUUGGGCGGAUACUCUCACAGGUUUUCGCUUCGGUCUAUGCAAACUAUUUGCCACUGAUACCGAGAACAAGAUGUACAGGAGGAGCACGCAAGAGGUUAUGCAGAAUGACCCUUCUAGUACAUUCGUGGGAGUCCGUUUUGUUCUAUGUGGGUUUGAUCCCAUUAAGCAAGAACAGGUUCAGUUGAAGCUAUUGGAUGGAGGUGGCUUGGACGUCGGCAGUUAUUGCCCAGAUUGCACUCAUGUCAUUGUUGACAAAAUCGUCUAUGAUGAUCCAAUUUGUGUAUCUGCUAGAACAGAUGGGAAAGUGGUGGUGACUAGCUUCUGGGUUGAUGAUUCCUACGCAGUGGGAAAGCUAGUCGAUCCUACUCAUGUUUUGUAUAGACCUUUGAAGGAUUUGAAUGGCAUUCCUGGUGCCAAAUCUCUUAUUAUGUGCCUUACUGGAUAUAUUCGGGGCCAACGGGAUUAUGUCAUGAAUUUGGUUGGGUUGAUGGGUGCCACUUUUUCUAAGCCAUUAGUUGCAACCCAGGUUACUCAUCUUGUAUGCUACAAGUUCGAGGGAGAAAAAUAUCUGCUUGCCAAGAAAUUGACAAAUAUAAAGAUGGUCAACCAUCUGUGGUUGGAGGAUUGUUUAAAAUCUUGGGCUCUACUUCCAGAAGCUGAGUACGAUUUGAGUGGAUAUGAAGUGGAGAUGAUGGGAGCUGAAGCUAAGGACUCCGAAGAAGAAGACAUUCCUGCACAAUCAUAUGUAGAGAAAAAAUUUGUUACCACUCAGCACAAUUUAACAAGUUCCCAUCAAUCUCCUUCAAAGCAGGACUGUUUAAAUUUAACCACUUCAAGUAUCAGGGCAUCUCCACAAAAUACAAAAACUCUUCUGCGAUCCUUCAAAAAGCAAUAUCCAUCUGAAGACCUAAAUCUGAGUGGCUCUAGAGCUUUAUCAGACGAAAACACCAAAAAGAUAUCACCUGCUGGAAGUGGAUCCGAACCUCCUGGCCAUCUACUAAAAAGUGAUGCACGUGCACCUGGCACUAGUUGCACCAAGCAAACUACUCCUGACAAGACUAAAAAAACUUAUGCUAGAAAGGCCCAAAGGAAAAACAGUCUUGUUAUGCAAGAAGUGAAAGGAGAAAUCGUAACACCUCCCAGUGCAAAUGCAGGAAGAGAUAAUAAGAGCCAAAUCGUAACAUCACUAAAUAAUGAGCGCGAUGAGAGUUCUGUUUUACCAGAGAAAAGAAACUUGGCCACUCUAUCCAGUAGUUCAAAUAAGGUAAAGGAAACUCGUGCACAAAGAACCGAAGGAUUAAUGGCUGUUCAUAAUGCAAAUAAUGCACCCAUUGUUCCUAAAAAGAGGUCUCCUGUUCAAAUCUUCAACAGUGAUACUCCAGAUACUGCCAAGAAACUUUGCACUGAGGAAACACAUGAAACUCAUUUUACUGAAACUAUGGAAGAUGGGUGUACAGAUGUCCAAAGACGAGAAAUCAAAGCCACAUCACCUGCAAGCAGAACGGAAGCUGAAAAUUCUAUUGAGUUCACUGACCAAAAAGUACCCAAAGGAGCAGAAAUGUCAAAACUGCAGUCCAGAAAGCUUGGGAAAGAAUCUCUUUCCACAAAGACAGAGAAAUACAAUAAGACUUCGGUUAAAGGGCCUGCUAGAAAUCAAAAGGGUUCUAUUUUCCAAAACAAGACCGAAGAGUGUGUAGCCAAUCUGACCGGAGGGGAAAUGGUGAAAGGUAAUGAAGAUAUAAAUUGUGAGAAGGUUGAGAUUCCUGAUUUGCAUAAUCAAGAUACUAUAUGCAAAGAGUCUGGGGAAAGUGAAUCUUUAGAAUCUGACGCUGAUCAAACUCAAGACUUGUUUGAUAAAACUGAAGCUCCAGAUGACAAAGGCGAGUUACAUGUCACAGUCCUUAGUGAUAAGCCUAAUUAUGUCGAAUCACCACAUUCAGUAGAGGAAGGUAACAAGUGCAAGACAGAAAAUGGGGCUCGAGAUAAAAUGGUUGAUCAGACUGAUUCUACGAACAAUGUAACUAGGCUUAUAAAAGAGACGAAAGACACAACAUGCACAUCAAGUAAAAACAAGAAAGCCGUAUCAGUUGCUAAGAAACCAAAACAAUCUAAAGAAGGUUCUACAAAGAAAAGAGUCACAAGUGGAAAGAGUAAGGCAGUAGCACACAAACAAACAAACAAUUUCAUGGAAGCUGACAAGGAAAAUAUGCCAGGUGGUGUUACCAGAGAGCCAACCAUGGAAUGUGAGAUACAGGGGGUGGAAAAAUUUACUCAGGUUCCUCAUAAAAAAUCUUGCAAGGCUGAUGACAGAGAGGGGCAAGGAAAUGUUACAGAAGGGUUAUCUGUGAGCAAUGUGAAACAUGGAGUUGGAGAAGUGACCCCUUUGACGUAUAAAGAGCCUAGUGAAGGAGUGGGAAAAACAGAGAAUAGAUAUUUCAUAGUUUCCGGGCAUAGGCUGCAGAGGAAAGAGUUUCAUAUGGUCAUCAAACGUUUAAGAGGGAGAUCAUGCAGGGAUUCUCACCAGUGGUCAUAUCAGGCAACUCAUUUCAUACUUCCAGAUCCCGUUCGCCGGACUGAAAAGUUUUUCGCUGCUGCUGCCUCUGGAAGGUGGAUACUGAAGGUGGAUUAUCUAACCGCUUGCAACGAGGCGGGUGAAUUCUUGGAAGAGGAACCAUUUGAAUGGCACAAGAAGGGACUAUCCGAUGAUUUAGCCAUCAGCUUAGAAGCACCAAGAAAAUGGCGACUCUUGAGGGAAAGAACUGGUCAUGGCGCAUUCUAUGGGAUGCGGAUUGUGACAUAUGGAGAGCUUCUUCUGCCAUCACUGGAUACUUUGAAGCGGGUGGUCAAGGCCGGAGAUGGCACUAUUUUAGCAACCUGUCCGUCAUACACUCGCUUCCUCAAGUCAGACAUUCACUUUGCUAUUGUGGGUCCAGGAAUACCACGCCAAGAUGUGUGGGUUCAAGAGUUUUUGAGGCACAACAUACCCUGUGUUUCAGCUGAUUAUUUGGUAGAGUAUGUUUGUAAGCCUGGCUACUCGCUGGAGAAACAUGUUCAGUACAACACCCAUGCAUGGGCAGAAGAGUCUUUACGGAAGCUGGUAAAUCGCCUCUCUGAAAAAAUUGAAGACCAUAUCCCACUAGAAGAUGAGGAGGACGAUGGGGUGUCACGUAAGAGCAGCUCUACAAAUCAGACAUCAAAAUCGAAGAGGAAGCGUUAAGCUUCUGUUGUGGUUUAUAGGUGUAAUAACAUGCUAAUAAUAAUACUAAUUUUAUGUUUUACAUUUGUACGAUACGGAUUAGAAGUAGUUAUUUUUGCCAUUGCUCUACUUGGUCGAUUUGCUUGUUUAACAUUGGGCUUUGGUACUAAUUUAUUCCGUGCUGGGUCAAGUGGUCAACUGCUUACACUCUUGGGUCUUGGCCUAAUGCUUCCUCUUGCGCAAUCAUUUGACUCAUUUUCUAUUGACAUUUUAUCGUACAGUAUAGCGUGAAAAUUACAUCUUGUAAUUCUUUAUACCAGUACAUGACAGUCCC